UUUCUCAGUGCAUUUGCGGUGGUCAGCGGUCAGAGAUCUUUUCCACCGGAUUUCAAAUUCGGUGUAGGAACUUCUGCCUACCAGAUCGAGGGAGCAUGGAAUGUCGAUGGUAAAGGGGAAUCCAUCUGGGAUCAUUUGGUUCAUAAUUAUCCGCAAAAGAUCGCUGAUGGAUCAAAUGGAGAUGUUGCUUGUGACAGUUAUUAUAAUUACAAACGCGAUGUUGAGAUGCUUCAUGAGCUUGGGGUCAACAUGUAUCGCUUUUCGAUGGCUUGGACGCGUAUUAUGCCGACCGGAAUUAGUAAUGAGAUCACCUACAACAAUCUGAUUGACGAGCUGAUCAAGUACAAUAUCGAACCGAUGGUGACACUGUACCAUUGGGAUUUGCCGCAACGUUUACAAGAAUUAGGAGGUUGGACCAACAAGGAAAUAGUCGGUCACUUUAGAGAGUACGCAAGGGUUGCGUUUGAAAAUUUUGGAGAUCGCGUCAAAUGGUGGACCACAUUUAAUGAACCGUAUCCGAUAUGUGUACUUUCAUAUGAAUAUGACUCGAUGGCACCGGGUUAUGAUUUUGCUGGCAUUCCUACCUAUUUAUGUGGUCAUAACUUGCUGCUAUCACAUGCUGAAGCGGUAGACUUGUAUAGAACACAGUUCCAAUCGACUCAAAAUGGUAUUAUUGGAUUUACUAUGGACUCUUCAUGGAAUGAACCAAGAAGUGAUUCAAUCGAAGAUAUUGAAGCUUCCGAGCUUGCAAUGCAAUUUGCUCUUGGUUGGUAUAUUCAUCCGAUCUUUUCUAAAACUGGGAACUACCCACAAGUUAUGAUCGAUCGAGUUGGAAAUCUUAGUAUGCAGCAAGGUUUUGCCAAGUCACGUCUGCCCCAAUUUACUGAUCAAGAAAUUGAAAAACUGAAAGGCUCUGCUGAUUUCUUCGGGCUUAAUCACUAUACGACUUCGAUCGUAUAUAAAAACGAUGUGGACAAUUCUGCCAACUUUAGAGUGCCGUCGUAUGACCACGACCGUAACACAAUAGGCUAUCAGGAUCCAACUUGGCCGGAGUCUGGUUCGAGUUGGUUGAAAGCCAAUCCAAAAGGAAUGUAUAGUCUACUAACCUGGAUUCGACAUGAAUACGACAAUCCUUUGGUGUACAUUACCGAAAACGGUGUUAGCGAUCUCGGAGGAACCAAAGAUGUGGCACGAGUCAAUUUUUAUAACGGUUACUUGAAUGCAGUGUUGGACGCAAUGGAGGAAGGUAGCGACGUCCGAGGCUAUGUGGCAUGGAGUUUAAUGGAUAAUUUCGAAUGGAGGGCCGGUCUUACCGAGCGCUUUGGAUUGUAUUAUGUGGACUAUGAAGAUCCCUCACGAACCAGAAUUGCCAAAACAUCGGCUAAGGUAUACGCAAACAUUAUCAAAACUAGGAUGAUUGAUCCGGAUUAUCUACCUGAGCCCGAUGUGUUCAUUCCUGGUCCAGAGGAUAUGCCGUAA